AUGCGGGCAGUGGCGCUGCGGCUCCUGUUCCUGCUGGCGGCGGCUCGGGGGUCCGAGAGCCCCGGGCAGCCCGGCCCCGCCUGCGCCCCCGUCGGCUCCCCGGGCUCGGGCGGGCGGCAGCCGCUGGGCGCCACGUGGGCUCGGGGCCGGGGGCGGCCGGAGCCGGCGGGAGGCGCCGCCCGCAGACGGGCCAAGCGGGGCUUCACCUACCCGGGCACCCUCUGGUGCGGGGCCGGGAACAACGCCGACAGCUACGGGCAGCUGGGAGAACAUCGAGAGACGGAUGAGUGCUGCCGGGAGCACGACCACUGUCAGCACGUCAUCCACCCCUUCACAUCCAAGUACGGCUACCGGAACCUCCGCUGGCACACCAUCAGCCACUGCGCCUGUGACCUGCGGUUGAAAGGCUGCCUGAGGCAGGUGAAUGACACUGCCUCCCGCGUGGUGGGCCAGGCCUUCUUCAACGUGAUCCAGGUGCCCUGCUUUGAGUUCACCUACAAAGAGCAGUGUGUGGAGCCCUAUCUGUACAUCUGGUGCAGGAAGUACAACACUGUGGCCAUUGCGGUCCCCCGGAAGCCAGUGCUCUACGAGUUUGGUGGGGAACUGAUAGACAAAGUGGCAGCCGGCUCAGACAGGGCUCCCUCCAGCCCAGCACCCCAGCCCAGCACCCCCCCGCCUAGAGGGAGCACGGGCAGAUGGGCACCUCCUCCGACAAAGCACCUACCCCCAGGCCAGGUUGUCACACAGGCUAUGAUCAGCUUCCAGGAAUCUGCACCCACUGGGCCCAAGCCAGACAGCCCCGCCAGGAACCAGCAGAAGGGGAAAGGGAAGAAGAGAGGGAGGAAAACCAAGAAAGGAAAAAGGCUGAAAAAGAAAAAAGUCCAUUCCAAAGGUGAGGUGCUGGGGCUCCCCACCCCCACUGCAGAUGCUGCCUCCCUCUUCCCCAAGCACCUGGUGCUGGACUUUGGGGGGAAGGAGGAUGUGUUCAACGCCAUCCUGAAUGAUGCCCCCGCCGGGGAGGAGACCCUGACUCCACGUGGGACAGUGCAGGCUGAAAGCAGGGACCGGGGGCAGUGGAAGGCAAGGCCGUUGCCUGCUCUCCAGCCCACAUUCCCAACUGGCAGCAGGAGGAAGAGGAGGAGGGAAAGAAAUGGAGGGAAGCACCCGCGAAAGGAAGCAGAGUCUCUGCCCAGGCCUGUAUGAGACUCGCUGCAGCCAAGGCCGACCUUCCCUCGAUCCCCAAAGGGGCGGCUUGUCACUGUAAUAAACGAGCUCGAUGCA